AAAUACUGAUUGAAAUUAUCGCGGGUAUUAAUCGUCACAUUGUAUUGGUGUCAUCAACAUACUAACAUGCAUUCCAUAAAAUUGAAAUUUUACUUUUCAUGAGUCAAGUCAACUUCUUGACGGAAGUCAUUUAUGACGUAGAAGGCAUAGAAGCGAUCUUCCAUUUUCUCAACUCAUUUGGCUACCAGUGAGCACGUGUUUUGUUGCCGGUCCUUAAUUUUCUGUAAUAUUAACGAAUUUAAGACAGGUCGUCGGUCGAUAAUUACUAUCGCACAUUAGUGAUUGUCAACGUCGAAUAUAAAUCAAUUUCCAAACACUAUGAAUCCUGAAAAGUUGAAGAAGUUACAGGCACAAGUGCGAAUUGGAGGUAAAGGUACACCUCGUCGUAAGAAGAAGGUUGUUCAUGCUACUGCGGCAACUGACGACAAAAAGUUGCAAAGCUGCUUGAAAAAAUUGUCAGUGAAUACAAUUCCGGGUAUCGAGGAAGUCAAUAUGAUUAAGGAUGAUGGUACUGUGAUCCACUUUAACAAUCCGAAGGCCCAGGCAAGUCUCUCGGCUAACACAUUUGCCAUUACUGGCCAUGGUGAGAACAAACAAAUAACUGAAAUGCUGCCGGGUAUUCUGAGCCAACUGGGUCCAGAAGGUUUAACUCAAUUGAAGCGAUUGGCAAGCACUGUUACUGGAAGUACAAUUGCUAAGAGUGCCAUGGAGGAUGACGAUGAGGUUCCCGAUCUUGUUGGCAAUUUUGACGAAGCGAGCAAAGAAGAGGUGGCGCCGAAAAAAGAAGUUGAAGAGCCUGAAAAACCCACUGCUGAUAAAAAAGAUUCAUCGACAGGUGAUGAAAAGAAGGAAGCCCCUCUAGCCAAACCAGAAGCCUAACUGGUUCAAAACUAAUCAUGCUCAGCGAAACAUACAGUUGGAUUCAAUGAGUCAAGUGACACAAAUUGCUUCAGUGAGGAUAGAUUUGUAACCCCCCGAAAACAGAUAAAAAAAAAGAAAUAAGUUACAAAACAUUUGACGUACUCUGUGCUACAAUUAAAUAAGUAACAAUUGAUUGAUUAAAAAUGAAGGAGAGCUGAAAAUAUUAAUAAUAAUAAUCAUAAAAUGGAGAAACAAAUCUUUGGCGAGUUUGAGUGUUUGAAUUCGACGAAAAAGUGGAAGAUAAAAAAAUAGCAUAAUGAAAACUGAA